GUGACUAGCGGAGAGCCAGAGGGGAGUGCAGAAAUGAAUGUGAAGAUCCUGACGCUGGUGAUUGUGCUCUUGGUGUCUCUGCUGUGUUCUGCCAGUGCUGGUCCCAUGGCCUCCAUGGAGCAUGGCAGAGAGCUGGAAGAGGCCUCUACAGUGAGAAAAAUGGUCCAGCAAAGCCCUGCGAGGGGCGGUCAGACCCACAGACCAGCCGGCUGGAAGAGGAGACGCCCACGGCCCCGUCUUUCCCACAAGGGGCCCAUGCCGUUCUAGAGCAAGGCACUGCUUUGAGUGCCCUCCCCCAGGUUCUGAUUUCUAUGCUCUUCCUUUGCCUUGGGGGGCCUUGCAACGAAGGGCCUACGCUUGCCCGGCCUGAAGAGUGAUGUCCAUAGCACCUGCUGGUUCUUCAAGCAACUCUGUCCACAAAAAAUCAGGACAAGCCGCUCACCCUCAGCUCUAGGAGGAAUUGGGGGCAGGGAAGGGGGGUGGGGGCGGGGGUGGGUUUGAGCCCGAGCUAUCAGACUCUAUUUCUCUGUCUCUCUCUUUCUCUUUCUCUCACUCCCUCACUACUUAUCUAUCUCUGUCUUCUCCCAAGUGUUAUUUUAUUUUUGUUUUAUUUUUUUCAAUUUUCCUAUCAUUUGCUUAAUAGAGCCCAAAUCAUAGCGAUCUCCCUGAGUGUCUCACACACUUUGCAUGACAUGUGGUGGAGAGGGAGCCCGGUCAAAACAAUCUGAGUCUUAAAGCAUCUGUCACUUCUCCAUGGUGUGGUAUUCCCAUCUCUCAGAUUCAAGGUUACUGCAGCCGCUGAUUUCUUUGCUGUGUAGCUACUUAACAGCUUUACUAGCAGGAGAGGGCGCUGAUCAUGCAGAAGGGCAAUGUCAGUUUUAAUAGUUGAUAAUAGCAAAUAUAAAGUUCACUUAUUAUACUCUGGAUGCCUGCUGCAUAAAGGAAUUCAAGGAUCGUAUUUAAAAUGGAAGAGCAAGAGCGUCACAUCUGAAACACAUUAAAACCAUCGCUUAAUUAUUAUUAUUAAUGGUGCUUUGUACCUCCUAAUGACAGUACGUCCACAUGCAAAGUAAGGUUGGACUGAAACGAGAGCACAUAUUGUCAAAACAAUCUAUUUAAGUGACAGAAUAAUUCCUUCAUUUAGGAGAUUCUUUAAUCCAAAGCUAUUUUGGUGUUUCUGAACUCAUUAACACCUUGGGGGUGGGGGGGUUUACUGACACGCUCAAGGUUACUGUAACAUGUCCCACCUUGGAUGAGUCCUUUGACCCCAAAUCCCAAUCCCAAUCCUGUCCCCAAUCCCCAGCCUUCGCACCACACUGCUGCUCUGCGCAGCUGCUCUACACGACUGUUAACUGGCAGGGGCGGUCUGCUCCACCGACAGGCCACCUUGCCUUUUAAUGAAGUGCCAAAUAAUAACCUUCUCCACAAUGCUGCCAGGAAUAAAGGAAUGAAAGUUUAGGGAGAAACACAUUACCUCUUGUUUGAAGUCUUGAUACACUGACACAUUAUGCAUCUUAAAUUUCUGCAAACAGAAAUCCCACGUGAGAUAAUGUUAGCAAGGAGGACAAGUUAAAUUAGACCAAAUAAAAAAGACAAAAAAAAAAACAAAAAAAACACAAAGAAACAGUUUCAAAGCAAACAACAGCUCAGUUAAUAUGCCACAGCGAUCAGCCUAACACUAGUGCUCUGGCUGUUUUAACACUCAGCAUAAGUCUGGUUUGACCCCUUGACCGAUAUCUUUCACUGACAAAAUGCUAUGCCUUUCCAUCAUACUGGAAUAUUAUAUUACUGUUUAUGUUUUUUCUGUGUUUAAGUAGUUUUAUUUCUUUUUUCUCAGGGUGCUGUGAUAGAGGCUUGUACUAGAGCAGUCUAUUUUGUGCAUUUAUUUAACAAAACACAAACAUACAGAACAUUUAAAGCUUGUAUGAGCAUAUUUUCGUAUACUGUAUCUUUACUCUCCCUAUAUGUAUUCACCAAUAUAGCCAUGUAACCAGAUUCAGUCCUUUCUAGUCAUGAUCCGUUCCCUACACUACGUUGGGUACAGUUGCCUUUCUAGUCUGCCCUUCCACAGCACAGGUGGUCGUGGCUUUGAUCAUUACGCUCAUUAAAUCCUAGAGUUAAUCUUUCUCAGAUGGAUCUCCCCAAGGCUGGCCGGGGCCACUUAGUCUGAGCUCAUUGUUAAAUUGGCUUAGACUGAAACCACACCCUUCCCCCUUUCCAAUCCCCAAACCCCUGCUGAUUCAGUGUGUAACCAUGUAACAUAUUAAGACUCUAACCUGUAGAGCAGCCACCACGCAAUUGUUUGUUGUGUAUUAGGUAUGCGGAGCAACUUCCUAGUUGUUUUUGUUUUGAUUUUUUUCCGUUUUCUUCGGAUUUUAGGUGAAAACAUGAUUUCAAUCCACUGCGAUUCAAUCAGCAAACACCCUACUUCGAGUCAGUUUUGACCAAAUAAGCAAGUGGCAGGUUAACCUAGAUUUUCAACACCUUUUCCCUCUCGCCAUAUCUCAUGCAAAUAUUAUUUAAAAAAAUGCAGAGUCUUCUCAGUCCCCAGCAUGAGAAGCUUUUAUUAAGAGAGCAUCUAAAAUCACAGUGGUAAUCCACCCAGCCAACCUCACCUUGAUUAAAAAUGUAUUAAAUCCUAGGGCACUGUGAAGAGUAAUAAUUUCAGUUCCACCAUUUUUUUUUCAUAUCCGCUUAGACAGAGAUGUAGAUUUCAUUAAUGCUCCUCGGGAGUGAGACAGCUUUGCUCAGGAUGUCUCAUGUAUUAUUGGGGAAGAUAGUAGGAAGAUAUGAGCUGGGGAUGGAAGUUCAAAGCCGCAGGAGUUGGGAUGCUGGAAGUAGACUAGGUCAUGACAAGGGGUUCAAAUCAAUAUUUCCCCAUCUCAGAAGUUUUUUUGUUACGGAGCCGAGCAACGUCUGUAUCCGCACCGUUCUUCAUGAAUGUAUCCUCACCAUCUGCACCAGCCAUGCUGCCCUUUCAGAGACCAGAGCGAACCAAUGUUUAUGUAAAGUUACCCUUUUUAAUCUUGGUCUGGUUAUCAGUUGAAUCCAAAAAAACCAAAAGCCAAAUAUCCCACUGAUCCAAAGCCUCCAGUGUCAACAAGUCCCAACAAAUAGACGUGGCUUUGCUCCAAGACUUCUCUGUAUGGGUUCGCAAGGCUGCACUUUUGCAAUUCCAUUAUGCUGCUGGAAAAAUACACCCUGAAAACAAGAGUCUCUUGGUAUGGAAUGGUUUUCCAGUGUAUUGUGACAAUUUUUUGUCUGAUUCUUGUCUAGCUGGUUGUCCAAAGCUUACUUUUUGAAUACAGUGUGAAAAGCUGUAUCUUUUGUGGAUGUAACAAAAUAGAAAAGUAGUCUGCAGCACAAUAUGUCGUGGACACGUGAAAGCUUUCAGGCAUUCUUUUCUUGUAGAUCAUAGCCCACAGCCCUCCCCUGCACAUCAGGUUAAUGGGCCUUGUGGUGUGGAAGGACAAGCACGUCCAGGCUCAAACUGAAAUGGUAAACCAAUACAUUAUGCUCGGGGAGCAAAACCAUUUUCCUUAAUGGUCUUUUCCAGCAAGGCUUACACAAGAGAAACGAUUCCUAUCCUCUCAAUGUUUCCUCUCCAGUUCUUCUUCUCUGUGACCAUCACAAGGCCUGAGUAAUGUUCCUAUGCACUUGUUAGCAUGUUUUCCUGGUAGAAAAAUGUUUGUGCUGAGAACUUGCCCCAUUGUGUUUAGUUCUUUUUGUCCAAAUGCAUUUGGCUUGGAGCGUGUAAGGAGUGGGGGUGAGCAGAGAGAUAGAUAUGUGUUACUGGUGGAGAUGAGAAUAAGCUAGCAGAAGGUUUUAAAAUAUUAGCUUAGCCAUUGAGCUCUGUUUCCCAAUAGCUAUAGACACAACCCCCACACAAAAACUUUGCAGAAUAACACAAGGUUUUUAUGUUGUUGUUUUUUUUUUUUAUCCUAUUGUCACUGUAUACUCAGUUCUCUACCAGACACAGUUCCUUUAAAGUUACACUGCACCAAACUUUUCAUUCAUUGUGGAAAUGGAAACAGAGUUGGCACAUGUAAACACAUUCCAUGAUUUUACCUUGUGAAUCUCUAAGCCCAUCAAACUGUAUCAUGUUGGCCUUCAGAGUGGGUGUCUGCAGGAUCGAGUGGCUGAUAUUCAAUCCAAUGCAUUCACACGUUUCCACCGACUGGGCAAUCCAAAGGAUAACUAGAUUUUAUCUCCCGUGGGAAAUGACUAUGAUCUGUCAUUAUCCUGGAGCCUCAAAAUGAGACUUCCUACACCCAGAAUAGCACAGGCCCCUCCUGCCUUGAUUGCGACACAUUCUCCAUCCACGUAACCACUGUGUCCAAGAUCAGCAACAUUCAGAACAAUCUGAGGAGAGAUGCAGUCUGUAGGCUUACACGCCAUCGCAACAGUGUUACUAGGUCUCAAGCAGAUACCAUUUGAAAGACAAUGUAUUACUCCUGAAACUUAUAUUCUGUUUAUGGUGUGUGCUCAUAUUACUCACCAGGCCAAAUGUACAGUCCCUGUCUCUGUUUUGAUGUUGAACUGGGCAAAAAUAAAUGACAUAAAUAAAUAAAUAAAACAAGUGUAUCAGAAAUGGUUGAAAUACUGUGUACAUAUUUGAACUUUUGGUUUCUAAUUUAUAAAAGAUAAGCUUUAGCUCUUGGAGUACUUAUUUUAUUUUUUCCUUUCAUGCGUAGCUUUGUGUUUUUAUUUUCUAUUUCUGUAAAGUGUGUAAAUAUAUCUUUAUGAU